AUCCCUUGGGGCUCAGGUAAACUGCUAGCUUCUGGCAGUGGGUAGGCUCCUCUGUGAAGCACUCUCCUGGGAACUAUGGCUUAGAAAGUCGCGGCCUGGCGUUGUUCACGCAAUCUCUCUGGCUGCGAGUUUGGUGCCGGCUUCCUGGAGAGGGUGCGAAAUAGGAAGGGGAGAGUCGCGAUCCUCGGAAGCCGACCCGAACCCCUUGGCUCGCUGGAAGCAGAAAUAUAGGUGGAUCUUGGUGGGACUGAGACGCAGUGCGAGGGCAGGCCGAGCGGGUCUGGAAGGAGACUUCGGGACCCACCGUGCCCAGUUGGAUCAGACGACCUGGACAGUGCUUUCACGAUUGCUGGUCAGAAGACUGCCCUAGGAGGUGUCCGGGUCUGUGACCCCAACAAAGUGCCGUUACAGAAGCUCUGCCAAGGAGGCGGGAUUGGGGGUGGAAAAAGACCACUAAUAGGAGACCAGACUACAGAACCGGGAAUUUCCACUAGAAUGACCCAGAAAUCUCAAACUGCGAUCUUGGGAAAGUGUCGAUAUCUGGACUGGUUUCCGCUGGGAAGUUGCUGUAUUUUCCUGCCUUCAGUGACUAAUGAGCUAAUUGCAUAGUGUUUUGAGCCGAAAAUCUAGGACCAAACCAUGGAUAUCCUCUCACUCUUAUGACUCUACCCUAGUCUCCUUUUCUCAACUGUGCUUCCGGUAUCACCUGUUUGUUUUCAAGGGCAAACCCACAAACAAGCAACUUUCAAACAUCAUGAAUGAAUAUGUGGAUUUGGUGUCAUUUGAGGAUGUCACUGUGAACUUCACCUGGGAGGAGUGGCAGAAUCUCGAUGAUGCUCAGAGGGUGCUGUACAGGAAUGUGAUGUUGGAGACAUACAACAGCCUGGUGUCACUGGGACAAUGCACCCCUAAACCUGAGUUAAUCUUCAGAUUGGAACAGGGAGCAGAGCCAUGGACAGCAGACGAAUCUACAAACCAUAGUAUGUCAGGCUUCUACAAUGUGGAUGGCAUAAUUGAGAACAACCAGAAAUGUGAAGACAGACAUUUAUGGCAAGUUACUGCCAAUAGCAACAAUAGAGCAACUGAGGAAACAGAUGGAUUAGAAAACACUUUUUAUUUUUGCUCCAUGAAAAUUUCAAAUUUUGUUGUAAAUAAUAGAGAAUGUUCAGGAGUGAAGCCUGAGGAGUUGAAUGGAUACCAGAAUACAUGUCUUCCUUCUGAGUCUCAUGGCAUAUACACUUUAAAGCAAUAUAAUGACUGUGGUGUAGCAGGGAAAUCCCUCAGGUGUCCUGGUCAAUUUGGUCAACAUUCCAAGAAUCAAACUGGGCAGCAGGAUUUUGAACACAGUGGAAAAGGAAAAGAUACAAAGGAGGCAAAAGUAUUGAAAAGAAUUAGUCCAUCUAACAGACUUCAAAUGGGACUGACUUUGUAUAAGCAUAAUGAAUAUGAGCAAGUCUCUGUUGAGUCAGAUGUCAUGGUUAAGGUAGGGAAGGCAACUUUUGGUAAAACAUGUAACCUCACUGAACACCAAGAAACAUACUCAGGGAGCAAACCUUGUGAAUGCCUUAAAAGAAAGAAAACCUUUACUAGCAAAUUAGACCUUUCAGUUCAUCAGAGGACACAUGACCAGAAGAAAGCCCACAUAUGUAUCCUGUGUGAGAAACUCUUUAGCACUAAAUCCUCCCUUACUACUCAUCAGAGGAUUCACACAGGAGAAAAGCCCUAUGGAUGUAAUAAAUGUGAUAAAAGCUUCAGACAAAAGUCAGCCCUCGUUGUACAUGAGAGAACUCACACUGGUGAGAAACCCUUUGAAUGUUGUGAGUGUGGUAAAGCCUUCCAGCAUAAGUGGUACCUCAAAAUGCACCAGAGAACUCACACAGGUGAGAAACCAUACGAAUGUCAAGACUGUGGAAGAGCGUUUCUAAAGAAGUCAUACCUCAAAAUGCAUCAGGGAACUCACAAGAGAGAUAAACCGUAUGAAUGUGAAGAAUGUGGAAAAACCUUCCAUAACAGGUCAUACUUCAACGUGCACCUUCGAACUCACACUGGUGAGAAACCCUAUGCAUGCAACGAGUGUGGAAAAGCCUUUUACCAAAAGUCAGACCUCAGGAGGCAUCAGAGAAUCCACAACAGUGAGAAAUUACACAAAUGUAAAGAAUGUGGAAAAGCCUUUCAAAAUAAGUCAUACCUCAAAACUCAUCAGAAAGUUCACACAGGUGAGAAACCAUAUGAAUGUAAACAGUGUGGCAAAGCCUUUCAAAACAAGUCAUAUCUCAACAAGCAUCAGAUAAUUCAUACAGGUGAGAAACCCUAUGAAUGUAGUAAGUGUGGGAAAACAUUUCAGUGGAAGUUAGUUCUCAGUAAGCAUUAUAGAAUUCACACAGGUGAAAAGCCCUAUGAAUGCAGUCAGUGUGGGAAAAUGUUUGGCUACAAAUCAUCUCUCAUUGUACAUGAGUUGAUUCAUUCUGGGAAGAAACCCUAUGAAUGUAUUGUAUGUAGAAAAACGUUUUCACAGAAAUCAAACCUAAUUAGGCAUCAGAGAACUCAUAGACAUCGGGAUGUGUGAUGGGGAAGGGUACAGAAAGAUGUUUGCCUGACGUUUAAGCCUCAGAAUGUUUGCAAUACUCCAGGAAUUCCCUUGAGUGUGAGUGGGGUAGGUGUUCUUUCUGUAGAACAGCUUUCAGUUAACAUGAGAGGACCUACACAGGGCUGACAAGAGUUUGGAAUGGAUGUGAGGGGAAGUCCCACCAGAACCUGCCCUUAACAUGUUAUGAGAAAACCCACACAAGAGGAAAUUUUAAUAAAUGUAAUACAUGUGGAAAAAUAUCCCACACUACAGGUCUAUACUUGGAAUGCAUCUAAGUAUUUACAUAGGAGGAAACGUGAAUGUAAAGAAUAUAGAAGUUUUAAACAUGUUUUUCUUCAGUAUAUUUGAGAUAACUCAGACUGGAGAGAAACUCAGUGAAAGCCAUGAGUGUGGUAAAUACUUUUUAUAACAUAAUUGAGAAAAAUCUAUGAAUAUAAUAAAGUUGAAAACCGUUUUGGCAUCAUUCAUGCCUUAAUAUGCUUGAGAAAGUCCACACUGGCAAAAAUCUCUUCAAGAAAUGUAACCCUUAGAAAAUUAUCUGGAAGUCACUGCUUGUUCAAUAUGAAAUAGUCCUGUGAGGAAGGCCUCUGGGAAUGGGGUUAUUGUGGGAGCUUUCCAGUAGAAAUUCACCACAGUAUGCAUUAGAGAACCCCCUUGAGAGAGGAAAGCCUUUAAUAAUAUUGGAAGCCCAUGUAUUACAGCAAGGCAAGCAUCUGACAGUACAAUCUAAGGGAAGUCUUAAGGCAUGGAAGAACAUCAAGACCAUUUAGAAAUUAAGCAUUGACAUACAUCACAAAAUGUGUACAGAGAAAUAAUGCUGUGUAGUAAAGUGGCCACGAGUCCCGCAGAGACCAUCUUCUUAUCUCUGGACAUAGUCUGCAAUUCUCUGCCUCCACUGUAGCCCUUACAAGUUAAGUGAGCUCUGCUGGGACACUAUGAAACUCACUGAUGGCAACCCAUAAAACAGCAAGCAGUUUUCCACUUUAUGUUAAAGAAAAGUGAAGGUGACCCUAAGGACAUUCUUGCAAAUAAAGGUGGAAGAAAUUUAUUGGGAUUUAAGAACUGUUUGAAGAAAACAGUGAUCUUUCCUCCUUUUUUUUUGUCCUUUAUGCCUGGCACAUUCGUGUGAAAUAAAUGUUUGUAAUGUUUAGUUUCCCCAAGUGUGAUCUGUUCUCAUUGUAUUACUAACAGGUCAUUCUUGACAAUUCAUUUUAUGAAUACAAGGAAUCUUUCUGAGGGAUGUGAAUAACUUUUUAUCAGCACAUUCAUACAGAAGAGAAGCCUGCCUUGUCAUUUUUCAUUUCUAGGUUAAUUCUAGAAGAAUCAAUUGUGGAAGAAAAUUACAAUGAAUCAUUUUUGGGAAUGCUUUUUAAUCAUGCAGGGGUAUCUCACUGAAGAAAUAAAUUAGAUAAUUGCCAAAUAUUUUUAUAGUAUUUUCAUUUUUAUAAUGAAGAAAGACUUACCAAUGUAUAUAUUAUACACAUGAAUAUGGGUCAUGUUAAACAUUAACAACUUUAACAGCAAAUAUUUGCGUAUUCACCAAGCAUAAAACAUGAGUGGUGAUAACAGUCUUUGAGGAUACAUUGGACUAAGUCUGGAGACAUUCUUGUUUAUUUAACUGGAUGUUGGGAGCUGCUGGUUGUCAGCUCCUGGGUAGAGGCCAGGGUUCUGAUACAUUGCUUAAGAAGCACUGAAUAGAGGCUGGAGAGAUGGCUCAGAGGUUAAGAGCAUUGCCUGCUCUUCCAGAGGUCUUGAGUUCAAUUCCCAGCAACCACAUGGUGGCUCACAACCAUCUGUAAUGGGAUCUGGUGCCCUCUUCUGGCCUGCAGGCACACACACACAGAAUAUUGUAUACAUAAUAAAUAAAUAAAUAUUUAAAAAAAAAGAAGCACUGAAUACCCACCUCAGGUUAGAACUUUAUGUUAGAGAUCUUUCUUAAUGAUCCCUUAACUAUGAUAUGAUAAUCCAUACAGCUAAUAUAAUAAAUAUGACAAAUAGUGUGCUUUGUCAUUUCCUAUUGCUGUAAUGAAACACUUGAUAUUUAGAACUUUUUCAGGAAAUUAAAUUUAUUUUGAUGACGGUUUCUCUUUUAGGUUGAAAAUUGAAGAGCAAGUAGGUUUAUCAUUUUUGUGUCUACUGUGGGUCUACUUUGCUGUUUUGCAACAUGUUGAAGAGUUGGAAAGGGAGCAAGCUAUGUAUAGAGAGAGAGCAAAUGUACUUUGGUCCCACAUUUAAAAUAGUGCAAAAUUAUGAGACUGAUUAAGAUUAGCAUUAAUUUCUUUUGUGGCAUUUUCCCUUGAUGAUGUGGGAGGGUCUUCUGUUUUGUGUUGUUUUGUGGGUUAAUAAAGAAACUGCCUUGGUCAUUGGA